AUGUCAACCAAGUUCGAGAUAAGUGAUCUUGGGAAGCUAACCUAUUAUUUAGGUAGUGAGGUUAAUCAGCAUGAGGGUGGUAUUUCGUUGAGUCAAGACCGGUAUGCUGUUAAAAUUCUUGAAGAAGCCGGAAUGAAUGCUUGUAACCUCACGCAUAUUCCCAUGGACGUAAACGUCAAGUUUUCUAAGUCGAGUCAAGAAAAGGGCAUUAAUGAGCAUGAGUAUAGAAGGAGCAUUGGCUGUCUUCGGUCCAAGAAGAAAGAGAUCAUAGGCUUUAGUGAUAGUUCACACAAUGUUGACGAGGACGUCGGUAGAAGCACACACGACCAUGUUUUCUAUCUUGAUGAAAGCCCUAUAACUUGGUGUUCACAGAAACAAGAGAUUGUUGCACUUUCCUCAUGUGAAGCCGAGUUUAUGGCUGCGACAGAAGCGGCUAACAAGCAGUGUGGCUUCAAGAGUUGCUUGGUGAAGUUGUUGGAGGUAGAGCAUAUUCCGGGUAUUGAACAGCGAGCUGAUAUACUGAUGAAGUCACUUGGAAAACUCAAGUUCAAAGAGAUGAGAAGUUUGAUUGGAGUUCAAAAUGUGUGUGAAGAUGAAUUCAAGCUUAAGGUGGAGAAUGUUGGGAUAAGCUUGGAAUAG